AUGCAGACUAAUAAGGAGAUAGGAAAAAUAUAGAGUACUACCCCCAUUUUCAUUGCAAAGGCUUUGGAGUUUUUUAUAGAAGAUAUAACAAAGCUAUCUGUUGAGUGCACUUAAAAAUGCAAGGACAAUAAAAUUACUCCUUCACAUAUAAAAGAGGUAAUCGAGAGCAAUGAAAAGUUUGCCUUCUUAAAAGAGACUGUUAGUAAGAUUACAGAAUUAGACAAAUCAAAGAAGGAAGUAACCCCAAGUUCAUCAAGUGCUACUGGUGGAGCCAAGAGAAAGUAAAAAGAGAAUGCUAAGAAAUAAGGAGAUGCAGUGCAUGUAGUGGAGAUGAUAAAACCUUCAGUAUCUGCAGAUUAGGCUUUAACAAUCGCUAAUAAAAAGACCAAGCCUUCUUUAUAAAAGAUUGUAGAUGUGGAAAUAGAAUCUGGGAAAAAGCGCAGAGCUCCUGCACCAAAAAGAGCAGCAAAAUAAACUAAGAAGUCAAAAGCAAUUUCAGAUGAGGAUGAUUCUUCUUCUUUAGAUGAUGAUGAUGAUUAUAUUGAGGAGACCAAACGCAAUUGA